AUGGCCGAACAAGACCUCCGCAACCUCCUCAAGCAACUCCACCAGUCCCUCGGCAGCCACAACUACACACAAUCCACCUCCCUCCUCUCACGCGCCAAAAUCGCCCUUUUAAAGCUCAACGCCCUGAUCCCCUCCCCCCAGACCUCGCAACCCCAUCUCCGCCUCGCGCGCGAAGCCCUCGAGCUCGGCGCCCUGACAUCCAUCCACCUCAAAGACCCGGAGAGCUUCACGCGCUACUUCCAGCAGCUGCAGCCCUUCUACUCUCUCCCGGAGGACGUGCUACCCCGGGAAGGCGGCAACGCGAGCAAGAUCACGGGGCUAUAUUUGCUGCUGUUGUUGAGUAUGGGGGACUACGCAGGGUUCCAUACGCUGCUGGAGUCGCUGGAGGUGGCGGCUGCGCAGGCGAGGGAGCACGGAAGGGGAGGCAAGGGCUUGGAGGAUGACGUGUUUAUCCAGUAUCCGAUUCGGCUGGAGCAGGCGCUUAUGGAGGGCGCGUACGACAAGGUGUGGGGCGAGACGACGAGUGAGAGGGUGCCGAGCGAGGAGUUUGGAGUUUUCUCCGAGGUCCUCAUCAAUACUAUCCGAUCCGAAAUCGCAUCUUGCUCCGAGCGAGCCUACUCGAGCGUUCCCAUCGCGAACUGCAAGAACCUGCUCUUCCUCGACAGCGAAGGUGCCGUCGUACAGUUCGCGAGGCAGCGCGACUGGAUAGCGAAGGACGGCCGGAUAUACUUCCCACAGCACAAUCAGGAUCUGAUGGGCUCGGAGAAGGACAUCCUGGUGACGAGCGACAAAGUGAUUGAGAACACGCUGGGCUAUGCGAGGGAGUUGGAGACGAUCGUGUAA